UGUUCCUCGGACACAGCGGAUCACGGAAAGAGCCGAAGAUGUCAGCUCGGCCAUGUGAUCAGCUGUGUCCAAUCACAGCUGAUCACUGAUCAUCAGGGCACUGAUGAUCAGUGUGCCCUGAUGAUCAGUGUGGCUCCAGAAGUGCCACUUGUCAGUGCUCAUCAGUGCCAUGUGCCAGUGCCCAUCAGUGCCACAUCAAUGCCACAUAUCAGUGCAUACCAGUGUACAUCAAUGCCACAUAUCAGUGCCCAUCUGAGCUGCCUUUCAAUGUCACCCAUCAGUGUUAGUCAGUGCCACCUAUCAAUGCCAAUCAAUGCCACCUAUCAGUGAUGCCAAUCAGUGCCACCUAUCAGUGCCAGUCAGUGCCGCCUAUCAGUGCCAGUCAGUG